UUCAAUCUAUCUACUUAAGCAUCUUCUCACACACAAUAGGUUGAUUCAAGUCAUCACAGCUAUUCCUACCCUGGAAGAAAGGUAUACCGCAAUCAGUACCCUCAAUCAAGGAAACGUGUGCAACAGACUUCGACGAAUGGCUGAUGAUGCACUGGAUGAAUCGGUCCGCCGCUGCGAACUGGAGUUAUUGACCCAGCAGGAUGGCGAACGUCUCGUGUCCAUAGCUCGGAAUGAAAGAGAUUUCGAUUGGCUAUGCAAAAUUGCAAUCCCCAUCGUCCAGAAGAAGCAAGAAUGUGCCGCAUUCGUACUGGGCUUUAUCUGGAAUCUCUACACGAGUGCCUUGCAAGAGGUGUUUCCAAAGGAAGCGGCUUUGGUUAUUGUGCGCUCAACUGCAGAAUCAGUUGCCAGGUCAUUUCGUGUUUCACAGCUCGUGAGUAUGGCCUAUUGGCUUCACGAGUCUAGGAAACGUGCAACGUUGCAUUCUAAAACGGGACAAAGCAUAGUUCAAAUCUUGCCUUCUCUUCCAGCUCCAGCUAAAAUCGCAACUCUCACGAAUUUCCUAACCGUCAUGGUCGAGCUUGGCAUGGAAAAUGAGCUUAUGAUUCUAUCGGAUUCACUGAUAACACAGCGACAACUCAUGCCGGAGCAAGAAUUGUUCAAUCUCUACAUACCAGUUCUACGUGAUCUGUUCCUCAUGCUAGAGAAGCUCCCAGGAACUUCUUUUACUGAACCAAAAUAUCAAAAACUUUUCGUCGGGCUGAUUGGAGAGUACUGGGAAAAGCAUAAAAACGCAAGACCUCAAAUGCAUUGGGGCCUAAAAAGCAGAGAGACCAAACAUGGCUGCCGUGUGUGCUUGACACUGGACGGAUUCUUGCUCGACAAAAACAAGAACAAACUUACCAUGAGCAAUCAUGCCAGCACGGGGAAUAAGGCUCAUUUGUGUAAAAUGCUUGCUUCACUGGGCGACUGCCUAGAUUACCAGGAUACCGGAAAGCAAUACCACAUCACAAAGCGAACAUCUGACUACCAAAUGGAUAUAAAAUCAUGGGAGAGUUGUGGCUCUCGUAUUCAAUCGAUUCUGCGAGAACUGAACCAAUAUCACCUGGCGAAGCUGCUUGGGAGGCAUUAUCAGAGUCUUGUUGGUGUGCCCCCACAAGCUUGUCAUGCCGACUCAUCCAUAUCAAUUCCACAGAACUUGGUAACGGAGCAACCAGGCAUCCCUGGCUAUGGCAGCGAUGUGAAUCAGUAUGCGCAGCAUUCGACAACGCAGGCCACACAACCUACGCCUAGUAUAUUAAACGGUCCCCAAAAUGCGCCUCCGGUGAUGUUUUCGGCUCCGAGAUCUAUGUACCGAGUUUCACAGCGUGCAGAGACCACGUGUAACGCCUCAAUGGUUCCUUGUUGCCCUCCAGAUUCCGGAAUACGCAUUCCAAUGACCCCAAAUUUUCAGAACCAACAACCUGCUGCGAAUACGAAGAGAAAGUUUGACGGCCAACUUACAUAUCCCAACAAGGUGAACCAAGCAACUACGAACGAUCAUUGCAUGACCAACCUGGAAGAUGUGGUUGAUCUGACAGGUGAAGAUUAAGCAGCACUCCGCACAGGGAUCGUUAUACAAACAAGGGCAAAGCGCACAGAUCAAAUCCCAGUGUUCAAGGACUUGGUAUUGGGGAAGUGCGGUAUAAACGUAUAUUUUCGUUUGGAGCAACUCAUGUUAUGUUAUUGUGGACACGACAGCUCACUGGGCACCGGACCCGCCAACAGCCUAAUGACUAA